GAAAGAUGGCUGAGCAUCUCUUUGAGGAUACCUUCGAAGUGCUCAGGAUCGAUCCUGAUGGGAAGAAGUUUGACAGAGUUAACCGCAUUGAGGCUAAAAGCGAGCAGUCUGAUAUGUACAUGCAACUAGAUGUCGCUACCGAUAUCUACCCAAUGAGUACUGGUGAAAAAUUCACCAUGGUUUUAGCUCCUACACUCAAUCUGGAUGGAACUCCCGACACUGGCUUCUAUACACAGGCUGGUAGGAAAACACUUGCUGAUAAGUACGACUAUGUCAUGCAUGGAAAGCUUUACAAGAUUUCAGAGGAGACUAAGGCUGGUCAACUUCCUAAAGUCGAGAUCUAUGCAUCUUUUGGUGGCCUCCUGAUGUUGCUCAAAGGUGAUCCUUCAAGCGCUGCCAACCUCGAGCUGGAUCAAAGGCUGUUCCUCCUCAUGCGCAAGGUGUAAACGCACCAUCUACCGGAUCGCCAGCGCUUCUGGUUCACUCUAGGCUAUGCUGAGCCUGUGAUCCUUUCAAUCCUAUUCGUCCUCCCCUAGUAUGUACUCUUCUGGCAGUGAUAUAACUCUAGAUUGGUACACUGGCCUAUCUUUAAGCACCAGUCACUUACUCUUGUUCCCCUGGAGCAUAUUAUGUGAGCAAUUAACGUACAAUAUUGGUGUUUGGGUGCAUUGCAAUGCUGAAUGAAUGUAGUGUUUGGUGAUUAUUA